ACCGGGAGUCGCACAGCUGAUGGAGAAGCACACUCUGCCGCUGGUCUGACAGCAGGGCGCACCCUCACCCCGAGGACCCCCACUCCUUCUCACCUUUCUCCCCCCUCCACCCCUCCAUCGCUUCAUUCACCAUGAGCGCAGACUGCAGCAGCUACUACAGCGCGGACGGCGUGUUCGUGGACGCGUUCUCGUGCCCCCGGGCGGGAAACGCUGCCGGCGCCGCGUACUGCUGCGGGUUUAACGACGUGAAGUACUGCUGCGAUGAUCCCAACAGCUUCUUCCCCUAUGAGUACGGGUACAUGUGGUGGCUGAGUAUCGGCGCCCUGGUUGGUCUGUCCAUAGCCGCCGUGGUCCUCCUCGCCUUCCUCAUCACCGUAUGUGUCCUGUGCUACCUAUUCAUAGCCACCAAACCCAGUCGCCUUGACAACGGGCUGCCCCUCAGAGUGCCAGCAGGGGAUCCCAGCGAGGGAUCCAGUCGCGCCAGAGCGACCUGUGCCACCGGUCCGCAGGGAUUCAGGAAACACUUCAUGAGCAGGAAGCUGGACUGUGACAACCAGCCGCCAGACCCCGAGCUUCUGUUCCAGAGGUGCUUCACAGCUAACGUCACUGGCGUCAAAGUGGAAAGUCCCCCGUAGUUUGAGAGACUUCUUCUGUUAAAAAAAAAAAAAAAAAAAAGGGCCAUCAGUCCAGAGGUCAAGAGAACCUGUGAAUCUGGAGGCGGGCUGCGCUGCUAAGGGGCCACUUUAACACAGUCGCUGACAGCAAGCAGUGUGCAGGCGUCGUGGCGGUGGAGUGCAGUAAAUAUCAAGUAAUAAAUACACCUGGAGAAAAAAAUAACCACUAUGUACAGCAAACUCAACAAGUCCGUGCUUUGUCGACUCUGAAAAGCCUCCAUGACAUUUGCUCAUGCACUGAAUUUCUCGUAAGUAAGUGCUUCAGCGACAUGCAGGAGUAAUUGAACGCAUGGAAACUGAUUCAAGGUUCACGAUUGUUUCGUAAGUGGCCUCAAGACUCAUGAGUAAUCCUGAAGGCAAGUGCUAAUGGAACCUGGGACAUAAGCCGAGUUUACAUUCAGGAUGUACAGUUUCGUGUGCAUCUGGGAAAGAUGCUGAAGAUGUGGGGGAAAAAAAAAAAAACAAAAAAACAAGUGAGUCCCAACUGCGAGGUCAGCUGUAAAUUUUGUAGCCAAGGUGGCGACAUUUUGCUCAGGGACUGAAAGAUUUGUGGGGAGGUCGGUCACCAGAUCCCCAUGAAAACGUCAGUGUUGGUUCUCUUUUGGACGCUUAAAAUGACUUAUGAUGACAUUUUUAUUACAAGUGUCCAAGAUUGGGAAGGAAUGUUGGGCAUGUCCGAUUUUGACAACAGAUAAUGAGGUUUGUCUCCUACCAGCAGUCAAAGCUCUUUUUCGUUUUUACCACAGACCUGGCGGCCAUUUUCCUGUGACAUCACACUCAGGGUGGAAAACGAAAGAAAUCUCACAAGUUAUCUUUUCACUGUUUCCUGAUUGAUUACCAUUUAUAUAUAGAAUGUAUAGUUCGAUACUGAGGGAUAUCGGACAAUAUUUUAAGGUAAAACAACAGGUUCAGUAAUGGAUUAGACAGCAGCUAAUGUUAGCAUUCAACCACAUUCUAGCAAAACUGUUUGAUGCGAUACGAUUAGGAACGAAAUACCAACACACAUCUUGGAGACAUUUGUCUAAACCUGGAAGUGAAACACACAGGAUGUAAUCAGACCGUAAUGUUAGCGAGGAAGUUGUUGAAUGCUAACAUCAGCUAACGAAUGAUCAAUUAUGUUGCUUUACCUUGAAACGAGGCCGAAUGUGCCUCCGAAUUACUACCCACCAUCUAUUCAGUUCCUGACCAAUUGGGAAUCUGUCAAAUGAUAACAAUCUGUCAUAUGAGUUUAUGCAACUUGUAACCUGGAACACAGCAGCAUUACAUUACCCAGCAUUCAAGUGUCCCCACCUGAACUUGAUGCUGGAGGAAAAUGGCCGCCGUGUGAAUAGUAAUGAUUAUCGAUUAAUGUAACUAAUUCAGAGGCGUAACAAGUUAACUUGUUUUUUCUUUGUUCAGAUUAUUCAUUUCUCUUUUUUACCAUUUUUGCCUGUAAUUGAUCGCAGACACUAAAGACUGAACAAAUUCAACUGACAGUUUACAGAAACAUAUAUUAGAUUUGCCCUUUUUACGAAGCGCUCAAAGAAUCUGAGGAGCAACAAGCUGACAGACCAAAUCGAUCUUUGUUCAACUGACGUGACCAAAAUGGAGUGUAAUCAGAAGGAGAACAGUGCAGGGUGCCUGGUCAUGAUAUCCAGCUCUACACCUGCAUGAGUAUGUUUGGAGGGUUCGCAGCAACACACAGCAUGACUGAACUUGCUGGGACCAAUCAUGCUAAGUGCAACCUCAGCAUUCUGCCUGAACAAAUGUUAUGCAUUGAUAGUUUUAGUUAGUAAAAAAGUAACCAAAUCUCAGGCUGACUUUAUGCUGACUUUAGCCCUGCAUUAAAGAGGAAAAAAGGAGAAAAACAAAAAAACAAAAAAGAUGCAGCCCCCUCAUUCAUUUCAAUGAGAGCAGUGAUCAAUGAUGCAGAGGAACAGUCGAUACCGGGAGGAAAAAUGCAGGGUCGUCCAGCAAAAAAAUCCAAAAAUGGCUCAACUUAUCGGACAUGGCACAGUAAUAGCCAAUCAAGUACAUGAUGAGAACACUGUAUUUUCUAACGUUUACCUCAUGUUUAUGGUGAUAAAAGAUGAUGUAAUUGUGGCUGUGAUCAUUUGUGAUUUAUAAUGGCCAGAAUAUGCCGGCAGUGUACAAUUCUGCAGACCACAGACAGGCUGACACAUUUCUUUGGGUUUGAAUUUUCUAUUUUAUGUUAUGACAACUCUGUGCUUAUGAUCUGACUACGAUUAGGUGCAAGUACACAUCAAGUUGGUUAGGGUUCAGGAAAGAUCGUGUUUUGGUUACCACAAAAAUGGCUGCAGAUGUUCCAAGGUCUUGUCAAAAAUAUCUGUGUUUUUCUUGCCACAAACAUAGCUGGAAAUUUUUCCCAAGGUUCCCUCACAAAAAAAAAAAAGACUCAAGUAGUGGCAUUAUAAAUGUCUAAAAGCAUGCUCCGACAGUGGCAGCCCUCUGUCAGGUCAUAAACAUGCAAUUUGAACAUAACAGCGCAUGUUUUGUUGAAAUGUCAACAUGGCACGUAGCCUACGACACUUACAGUGGUUUUGCAGAUACGGUAACUGCCAACAUUUGGUCCUGGCGAUCGGGCUGAUUUUCAUCCACAGUACAUCUGUCAAGCCUUCAAAGUCACUCACCUGCUACAGAAACUAGACUUUUCACCUCGAGCAGCAAGCGCCUCGCACACACACAGCACCUUAUGUUGUUUUAACGAUUGGCUAUUUUCAGUCUGCAUGCCAGCUUGCCCUUCAGAAGAAAAAAAAAGUCCAUCUUGUUUCUGUAGCAGUCCGGAGGAUCGAAUGAAGGCAUUGAAAAUACCUUUUUUUUUUUUUUUUGCUGUUACACAUGCAGCUUCUGAGAGAAAGGUCAGGUUACUCAGUGACACUGUGUGAUUCAGGUGUGGGUGAGAACAGGUCUGAGGAGAUGAUCUCAUCAUUUCCAGAAAAGUUCAAAGUGGCUUCUGCUCUGAAAUUGCACAGCGGAAAUGACCACCCUGCCAGUAUCUAUACUUGUGGCAUGAUAGUGUAAAGAUGGAGGUUUUUCUGGAUGAACACAAAGCUUACUGACUGCUGCUAAAGGACUAGUUCCCCUGGUUCCGCUCUGUCUUUAAACACUACUGUCCUUAUUUGUACAUCGAUUAAGGGGCUUCAUAGGUCAACCAGCAAUCUCCUCAAAGGCAUAAAAUCCUCUUUUUUCCACACAGUUGGAGUGUUACGAUGGUAGCAAAAGUGCAUUUGGUAUUUAAAACACUUUGGAUUUGUCAAGCUUACUACCGCCAAACUGUAGAAUUCAAUUAAUUUCAACACUUCAUUGCCGUGUCAAUUUGCCUCAGUGCAGCUCUUUAAAACAGACGAGGGAAACACACACAAGAGCAGAUAAAACAUAUCAACUGAAAUCAUCAGAGCACUUACAUGUUAGUACUUGUGUAAUAUGAUUUAUCAUAAAGUGCAUAGUGGGGCUGCUUUGUAAUUGCUUUGCACUGCUACUUACCUACUUGUGAAGUGCUUGUUGUUAAUGGCUGCUCUGCUGCUAAAAGUGCUUUUCUGUCCGAAUUCAAGUGACGGGCGGCCUCUGAAUAUGUGCAGCUCCUGAGGGGAGAUCCUGCAGUUAAAACACUGGAAUUUCUUUCCUGAGGGGAGGGACUGUGGGAGAGGGGGGGCUGGCAGGGAGAGAGGGAUCUGCAUUUUGAGUCUGAUACGUGUGGCAUGGAGGAAAAGGACACAGAAGGAAGAUCAAUAGUCCGUUAUUGAUCUUAAAUGCUGUGUGUAUGACUCCUUCUAGCUGUUUUGUUUCUCAAGGGCGGCAGUGUUGUCAUACAGUACCUCAGACAAGUGGAUUUUGUCCCAUGUUUUAUAUUGAAAUGUGCUGAAGCUCUAUACAGCCGUAGGUCAAACGUAUUAUUAUUAUUAUCAUUUUCAAGGGACAACAAGUUAAGUGUUAUUUGUUUUCUUGAGAUCAUGAGUUAUAUGCGUCAUAAUCAUGGAAUAAGUUGAUCUUUUCCUGAGAUAAGAAGACCAUUUUCUAAAUAUCUCAAGAAAACAAAAUGUUGCUCCUUCUUAUUUCUUGAAGCUCAAUGUUUAAGAAGAUCAGCAGCGCCAUGCCAGCAUGCAUACAUGGCGUCUUGGCAAGUGUAGCGACUGAUUUCAGCUGAAAAAUAAGAAAAUGAUGUUGUUACAUGGGGAAAGCAACAUUGUUAUCUCGUGAUAAGGACGUAAACUACUCAUGAUCUCAAGAAAACAAAUACAAUUUAACCCUUGAUCAAACGAAAUAAUAAAAAUAUGUUUGACCCACAGCUGUUUAGGGCUUCCAUAGAGAAGUUGCAUUAGGAAGCAAUCUUUCCAAAACCGCUAUAAACAGGAAGAGCAUUUAUGACCAAAACCAGAUAAACAGACAUGGAAAAUUGUGGAACUAUUCUUUGUGACAGAGUUCACAAAGACCACCUCAAGACACAUUGCAAAUGGCAGUCUGGGACUGCAUCAAGUGCAGUGUCUGUGAAAGUUCACCCAGCUGUUUAACUUCUGUCUGAAUCGCUCUGAUUGCUUCACAGCGUUACUGUGGAUAAAAAGACAAACACAAGACACCAACAAAGCUCCAUUUCUGUGGACCCACGAACACAAAUCUUUAAAGUGCCCUUGUUCUUUGAGGACCUUAGCUUAAGGGUAUUUUGAAAUUCAUGCACAAUGUCGCGAUUGUAUUAAUUCAACAGUGCUUUCAUGAAUGUGUGCACAAACUGUCAGCUGGAGCAUGUACACGUUUUCAAAUGCUGGGGGGAAUUUCUGUUGUGUGUCAUGUUCCUUUGUACAUGCCAGCACUCAGGUGUGCGUGUGUGGUGCAGAGAUGCCUGCUUCACAAUUCCACGAAGCAAAACGGGGAAAAUUUCUAUUUAUUUUCAUAUGCUAUUUCAUCAUGUUGCUUCUUUUCCAGUGCACCUCCUGGAUGUACAUACUGGUGGAUUUGGGCAGCUCUUGAAAGAGCAUCAAUAAAAUGUGAAUCAAAAGACACAAUCUGAUUAUUAUGCGGUGGUGGUGCCAUUCCACUGGUAGACUGAGCUGGCCAGAUGUCAGAUGGUGGAAAAUGGAAAAAAAAAAAAAAAAAAGGUCACUGCUAUCUAUAUCAUUUACAUAGUGACGUGCAGGAUCCAGGUGCACUUACACACAUAUGUACAGUUUGUUAUCUACAGAACAACCGACCAUUAAAUCCUUAAAGUAGGACAAUCAUGACUGAGAGAGUGAUUAUUUAUAAUCAGAUGUUGCCAUUAGAGCUGCAUGUGUUGCUGGCUGAUCUUUUUUCAGAUCAGCAUCUACUCUGCCAAGCGGACAUUUGCUGUCUUUGUAGUAACCAUAUCCAGCUGAGCAGCUCUGAUGAUGAAGGCUCUCUCUUCUCCCUCUUUCCCCCGUUGCUUUAAAUGCCAGCUGGGGAGAUGGAGAGAAGAAGAUUAGAUGGGUCGGUGAGACUUAAAGUCAGAUGGAUAUCUUUAUCUCCAUCCGCAGAGAGACAGGGGAAGCGAUUUGGAACGCUCGCAGGGGCAUUUCUGGUGAGAAAACUCAGUGAAAAAGGGUGUCAGCGACAAACCAAUAAAUGGCUGUGAUCAGUGUGGCGACCAUGAGACACUCCUUUUAAAUGGCCUUAUUUCCUUGGCUGAGAUAAAGGAUUUAAUGCACCCUCAACAUGAAUAA